AAAUUGGCAGCUGCUGUCAUUGUUCUUAACAUAUUUUGUUGCUAAUCAAAAUUCUCGUCAUAACUUCUUUCAGCAGCAAGCGUUUAUUUUGAAAUGACUUCUAAAACUAUUCCUAUCAAGAAUCAAGAAAAAGAGUCCCAGAAGUCUCAAAUCCCAAGAGCUCUCAGUUUAAUUAAAAGGGGGAUGGCAUUUAUGAAAAGGAACAGCCCUCUAAGAUCAAAUCAGUUGAGGAGAACUAGUUCAGAUUCUGGGCCCUCAGUUCGACCAAAGAAAUGGGCAUACCUCGAUCACCAGCAAUCUAGUGUUCAACUAAGUUCAGAACAAGACACCAGUAAAUCUCCCAAACCGAGUAAAACACCCAAUAAAUUGGCGAAGCCAGUCAGCAACACCAAGAAGCCUAUUGCUAGGCAAUCACGGCCAUCACCCUACUCAUAUUGUGCCAUAAAGCCCCAGCCAUCGCGAAUUCCUGUUAGAAGAUGCAUUUCUGUAACACCGAUUGGCGAAAGGAUUGCCUCACUCGAGUCGGAGGAAUCGGAGCUGAUGGAAAGGCUCAACACAGUCCGAGAGAAGCUUGAGUAUCUUAAAGAAUUGAGAUUCAACAACAUGUUUGUCUAUCGCAUGAAUCAUCGCUCGUCGAGCAAUCAGAAGAUGCCCAAGAUUGAAGAAUCUGAUUUGGAAUCUUUGGGCUCACCGUCGUUCGUCUAUCUCAGGCCACUCAAACCUCGUCGUCUCCCGAUUAAAAACGACCAUCAAUCUUGAAUAUUCUAAUUUUAUUUUCAAUUUUUAUCAGUGGUACCUUAUUUUAGUCGUCGUCUGUUGAUUAAUUUGCCUAUUAUGUAAUACUCCACAAUCGCUUAGAAUUUCUCAUGCCGAAUGUUU